GGAAGAAGUGUCUCCUUCCUUUUCCUUUUCCCAGGUCUACACGGCACAGCCACCGCCAAACAUGCUCUCCGUCUUCUCCAGAAACCUAUAGUUCUCUCUCGCUCUCGCUCUCUCUCUCUCUCUCUCUGAAAUUCAAACCCUAAAACCCUACCCAAGCUGAUCGAACACCGGAGAACUGUGUGCUAGAUUCAUGGAAUCAAGAGGAUCGUCGCAGCUAUUGGCGCCGGGGUUCCGGUUUCACCCCACCGACGAAGAGCUCGUCGUCUACUAUCUGCAGCGCAAGAUCCGCUCUCUCCCCCUCCGCUUCGAUUGCAUCUCCGAGAUCGAUAUUUACAAGGUCGAGCCCUGGGAUCUCCCAGGCAAGUCAAGACUGAAGACCAGAGAUCUUGAGUGGUACUUUUUCAGCAUGCUUGAUAAGAAGUAUGGGAAUGGUGCAAGGACUAACCGGGCAACUGAAAAAGGGUAUUGGAAGACUACCGGAAAGGACAGAGGUGUUUAUCAUAGGUCUCACGUGGUGGGGAUGAAGAAAACACUGGUCUAUCACAUUGGCCGUGCUCCAAAGGGGCAGAGGACUAAUUGGGUGAUGCAUGAGUACAGACGUGUAGAUGAGAAAUCAAGUAAAUCUGGACUUGUUCAGGAUGCAUUUGUGUUAUGCAGAGUAUUUCAAAAAAGUGGGGCUGGGCCAAAGAAUGGGGAACAGUAUGGAGCACCUUUCAUUGCGGAAGAAUGGGAGAUGGAUGAGUCAGGAGCGGCCCCUAAGGCAGAGUUAGCUGAGGAUUUUGGAUUUCUGGAUGGUAUAUGUUUGGAUGGGGAUGAACUUGAGCAGAUUCUUGGGGUAGACACUCCCUCAGAUGGUGCUAUGGCUCAUGUGAACAAUGGUACUGUCUACUUUGAUAACUCGGCUGAACAUGUUGAAGAUAUCCAGAAUAUCAUAGUGAAUGAUGUUGAGCACCCUUGUGGGUCACAAAAUUCUGAUGAGCAAAGGUCCUAUGAUCAGCCAAUUCAUGAUUUUGAUCCUAAGUCUGCUGUCAAGCAUGAAUACAUGGGUGAAUCUAGCAAUGACACAACCUCUGAAAAUCUGGAUAGCAUUCUUAAUGAACCACUCGUGGUUUCUACUGGCCAAUUUCAGUUUAAUGAUGGAACAUUCCUGGAAACCAAUGAUCUCUCAAAUCCUGUUAAGGCAGAUAAUUCAGGUUUUGAAAUGCUGGAGGAAUACCUUAAUUUUUGUGAUGCCACCGAUGAUUUCCAGGACAUACUAUUUGAUCCUGCGAUGUUGGCGGGGAGUGAUGAAUUUCUUGGAGAACCACCGUCAUUUGUUAAUACGGAUGCAUGCGAAGCUGCUAGAACUGCGAUUUCACCCAAUGAGAAGUCCCUUGGUGAUGAGCAUAAAAUACCUGAUAUUCCGGCAUUUUCAAAGCCCGCCCUUACCAAAUUGGGGUCAGAAUACAGACAACAUCCAUUCAUCAAGCAGGCAAGUCAAAUGUUGGGCAACAUCCCUGCUCCUCCAGCAUUUGCGUCAGAGUUCCCAAAGGGUGCGGCUGCAGCAGCACUGGUCACUGGAGCAUCAAGUUCGGUCCACGUUACUGCCGGUUUGAUACAAAUAAGGGACCUCACUCUCCUCUGUGGCAGCAAGCAGCACGCCGGGCAGGAUUACAAUUUCAUCCUUUCUUUUGGCAGCUUGGAACCAGGAGUCAACCGUCGUCACGAAAAGCCCUCAUCAACAGUAUCUUCUGCCCUUGGAGGUUGGUUCUUCUCUCUCUUCUUCUGGGUCAUAAUGCUUCUUUCCAUUUCUAUCAAGAUCGCGACCUACGUCUACGCACAGUAAGGUUAAACUGGUAAAAGGCUCCAUUUCAUCGCCAUCAUCAGGCAACUUUGGAAGUCUCGUAGUUAGUUACUCUCAAAGGCACAUCUGUUUCGGGGUGUGUUGGAUGUUGGAUAUUAAACUGUGCCCUCCCUCCCCUCCAUUGCAAUUUUACUAUUUAUUACCUCAUCUCACUGACUGACUCAUGAUGAUUUAACUUUGGUAUAGUUGUUGGUAUAAUUAUCGUUAACAUAAACUUGGUAUACAAAUAGAACUCGGCUCGUUCUAUAUUUUACCCUCUCUAGUUCAUCACUUUUAUCGCAUGGCGUUUGGAAUUACACUGAGUUAAUGAAUGCUAAUUACUAUG